AUGAACGGCUUUGGCCCCGAGGAAGUGACCCGCGGCGGGGGAGAAGCCGCCGCCGUCCCGGCCGUUGUAGCUAACGCCACCGCCGCGCCGACGGCCGGGCUGGGAGCGACUUCGUCGGCUGCUGCCGCGACAGCCGCAGGCUCAGCCGGUCCCCUUGGGUCUGCAGGACCCGGUGCGGGGCAGUUAUGCUGCUUACGGGAGGAGGGCGAGAGGUGUAGCCGAGCUGCGGGCAACGCUAGCUUCAGCAAGCGGAUCCAGAAGAGCAUCUCGCAGAAGAAGGUGAAGAUCGAGCUGGACAAAAGUGCAAGACAUCUUUAUAUUUGUGAUUUCCACAAAAACUUAAUUCAGAGUGUCAGAAACAGAAGAAAGAGAAAAGGCAGUGAUGAUGAUGGUGAUUCACCAGUGCAAGACAUUGAUACUCCAGAGGUUGAUCUGUUUCAGCUGCAAGUAAACACAUUAAGAAGAUACAAAAGGCACUUCAAAUUACAGACCAGACCAGGACUUAAUAAAGCACAACUUGUUGAAAUAAUUGGAUGUCAUUUUCGGACUAUUCCAGUGAAUGAAAAGGAUACUUUAACCUAUUUCAUCUAUUCAGUGAAGAAUGACAAGAACAAAUCUGAUCUAAAAAUGGAUAGCAGUGUUCACUAAAUAAACAAAAUUAAGACUCACAAACCUAAACACUGGUUUGGAUAUGCUGAGCUUUCUUUGUAUUAGUAUUCAGAGUAUUCUGAUGUUAUUUUUCUUGGGAAAAAUACUAUUCUCAUAAAUUAGGUUUCCAUGAUGAAAGUAUUUUAAAUAAAUACUGUUAAUGUUCCGGUGCCUAUAUCUGAAUAAUAUCUGACAUUUGUGUAAGCUUUAAUAUUAAAUCUCCAUUUCAUUUAUUGAAAUCAGAAUUAUAUCCAAAGAAUAUUUUAAGGCCUUUAUGCAUUAGAGCUCUUAUAUUUUCUCAGGUAUAUUUUUUAAAAUCCUUAAUAACUUCCUAAGCAAAAUUUAAAGAUUAUGUAAGGCCACACUACCAUUCUAGAGAUUUGUCCCUCGACUAAAUUAAUACCUCUUUGUGUAUAAGGCUGAGAAAUAUUGGUUUGCAAACCGUUUCAUGCUAAGUAGUUUUGUAUGAUGUCUGAAUUCAUUGAUUGUUGCAGCUGCAUUGCAGCUGCAGAGGAUUAUCACCUUGGAAAGGAAGAACUUUGAACUAAAUAAUAGAACUACUUUUGUUUUUCUAAACACACUUCACCCAUUUGAAUGUUGCUCAUGCUUUUUAAAUACAUACAGAUUUUAUAAUGAAAGUGAUUGAUCAAGGAUAAGUACAUUUAGCUAUAAUAUUCCUUGAUGUCUUUGUAUGAUUUUGAAUAUUUUAUCUCAGAUCUGAAUGACCCCAGAUGCUCUUGGUUGCACCAUUUGUCCUUUAUGUUGUAUGAUAAAAGUAAUGAUAAAGACAAUGCUUGUUUUUUCAUCUCAAUUUUCUUUUAUUGUGUGUAAAGUCUGUAUGCAUUUAAAACUGAUGUAGGCUUGUUUGAAAACUCCAAGCAUGAUUUGCCUUCUGUGCCAUGCCUACUCUGAAUCAUGAUUUAAAUGAUAUUGUUGAGCCUUAAUGCUCAGUUGUGGCAUUAAGGAACCAACCUUUUUUAUUUUAAAUAGAUUCAUUAUUAGGGUAUGCAGCUCCUUGGAUGGGAUGCAAAAAAUGUAUUUU